AUGGGAGGAGCACUUCUGCUCUCUCUGCUCUGCUUCGCCUUCCUCAAAGGAGCAAGCCCUUCGACGUUCACAGUGAAGAACAACUGCGGCUAUACGGUGUGGCCGGGCAUCCUCUCCAACGCCGGCGUGGCGCCGCCGUCCACCACCGGCUUCGCGCUCUCCCCGGGCGAGUCCCGUGCCGUGACUGUCGACGAUGGCUGGUCCGGCCGCAUGUGGGGCCGCAUGCUCUGCGUGCAAAGCUCCUCCUCUAGCGCCGGCUUCGCCUGCGCCACCGGUGACUGCGGCUCGGGCACAGUCGAGUGCUCCGGCCACGGUGCGGCCCCGCCGGCCACGCUGGCCGAGUUCACGCUCGCUUCCAUCGGAGGCGACGACUUCUACGACGUGAGCCUCGUCGACGGCUUCAACGUGCCGGUGCUGGUCGCGCCGGCGAACGGGAGCUGCCCGGCCACGGACUGCCCCGCCGACCUGAACGCGCAGUGCCCGCCGGAGCUGCGCGUCGUCGUGGCCGGUGCGGUGGUGGCGUGCCGGAGCGCGUGCGAGGCGUUCGGGACGGAGGCCUACUGCUGCAGCGGCGAGCACGGGACGCCGGCGACGUGCGCGCCCACGGCCUACUCCCGGCUGUUCAAGGCCGCGUGCCCGCGCGCCUACAGCUACGCCUACGACGACGCGACGUCCACGUUCACGUGCGCAGGCGGCAGUGCCGGCUACGGCGUCGUGUUCUGCCCCGCCGGCGGGUCGAGUGGGAACCAGGUGUCGCCACCGACAAGUGCCGCCUACCCACCAAUGGUGUUCUCGUCUCAGGGCGCAGAUCCGGCGACAAUCACCCUCCUUCCUCUCCUCAUGGCCAUCUUUCAAGUGAUGUCGAUGCAGUGA